AUUUGAAAGUGACACUUGGCUUCAAAUAGGCAUUUGCAUGUUCACCUUCUCUUCAUUCCCGCGCCCUGUUUCUCAAAACGCUGCCGUUCCCCGCCAUAAAAUCACCAUGGCUCAUUCCGCCACAGUCUCCAUUCCCUUCUCUCACCUCCAAGAUAAGAACCACGACUUGUCGUUGAAGAUCGAAGAAGGGUUUGGACCUAAUGGCUUGGGGAUUCUAUCAGUCACUGAUGUCCCAGGAUACUCUUCAUUGCGCAGAAACCUUUUGCAUCUCGCACCAAGAUUGGCAAAUCUUCCUGAAGAAGUGAAGGAUGUUCUUGAAGAUCCUAUCAGUAGAUAUAAUUUUGGUUGGAGUCACGGGAAGGAGAAACUUGAAUCUGGGAAGCUUGAUUUAUUAAAAGGAUCUUUCUAUGCCAAUCCCAUACUUGAUACGCCUACAACAGAUAAAUCUUUGAUACAACGGUACCCAUCAUACUGUAGAUCAAAUAUAUGGCCUAGAAGCACAUUACCAGAACUUGAAUUGGCUUUCAAAGCACUUGGGAAGCUGAUAUUUGAUGUUGGAUUGAUGGUGGCAUACCACUGCGAUCAAUAUGUAUCCAAAGGAAUGAAAGUUCAUAAGGAUGAAGGUCUGGAAUCAAUACUUAAUCGCUCCCGCUGUCACAAAGGACGCUUGCUAUAUUAUUUUCCUGCACAACAAGGAAUCCCAGGUGGCAACUCCAUGUCUUCUUGGUGUGGAUGGCAUACAGACAAUGGUUCACUGACAGGUCUGACCUGUGCUAUAUUUACAAGAGAUGGUGUAGAAGUACCUUGCCCUGAUAGUGCUGCUGGCCUAUAUAUUCGAACAAGAAAUGAUCAAAUUGUUAAGGUUGUCUAUGGAACAGAUGAUAUAGCUUACCAAAUUGGUGAAACUGCCGAAAUACUUUCUGGAGGCAUUCUUCGUGCAACACCACAUUGUGUUCAGGCUCCAAAAGGGGAGGAGUCUGCUAGUGUUGAACGCUCGACAUUUGCAUUAUUCAUGCAACCUGACUGGGAUGAAAAACUCAAUUUUCCUGAGGAAAUUCACAUUCAUAAAGAGAUUAUUCCAUCAAAUGCUUCCCUUACUUAUGGAGAGUAUUUAGAGGUGCUGCUUGACAAAUACUACUACAAAAAACAGUAAUGGCCUAAGGUGAUACUUGUACUUCUCACCCUAGAAGUAAUUGGUUGGAGACUUAACCCAUGUUAACUAACUGUUAAUGCAUGGAGUGAAAUGAAGUUGUGCAUAAUGUCAUGGCAAUAGAAAAGAAAAAUUCUUUUAACUUCCGUGAAAUAGAAAUAAAAUAGGUAGGCACCAAAAGCCUGUUCAAUUUCACUAGAUGUUAAAUUGUCAAGAGUUCUGAUCUUACACUGAGUGAAUACAAAUUUAGACAAAGUUAUUUAAAACUAACCAUACAUGGGUAUGGUGGUAAAUAUUGAAAUUUUUGGAGGUUAAACUCGUAAUAUAAAUUUAAUAUAGUGCAACUCUUGCGUUUUGUUUGUGCACA